GCUUCUCGGAACAAUCUCUCUCCUUCAAUAUGGAUCUGGGCGAUUCCAAGCUGCGCGCGGUGCGCGUGCUGGGCCAGGGAACCUUUGGCCGGGUGUUCCUCUGCCUGCAGAACGAGGGACGCGGCCAGAAGGAGCGGAGGGUGUGCGUCAAACGCAUCAUUGUUCGCAAUCCCAAGACCGAGCUGGGUCUGAUCAAGGAGGAGGUGUAUAUCAUAUCGCAGCUGCGCCAUCCGCAUAUCGUCGAAUUCCUGCGCUCCUUCAGUCACGCCGGCACGGUGAAUAUAGUGAUGGAGUAUGUGCCCAAUGGCACCUUGAGGGAUGUCAUCCAGCAGCUGCCCAAGGGCACCGGUGGUGUCCACCAGGAGCGUCUGCUCCGCUUCUUCCGCGACAUGGUGGUGGGUCUCGAGUAUCUGCACAUCCGACGCGUCAUCCAUCGCGACAUCAAGCCGGAGAAUAUGCUGCUCGAUGCCCAGGAUCGCGUGAAGAUCGCCGACUUUGGUAUAUCGAAUGUGCAUGCACCGAGCACUCAGCUGCAGUCGGGAAUGGGCACUCCCAUGUACAUGGCUCCGGAGGCGAUGUGUAGCCAAGGCAAGGUGGACUUCAAGUCGGACGUCUGGUCGCUGGGGCUGGUCCUCUAUGAGCUGUGCCUCGGACGCAGCCCCUUUGCCGCUCUCCUGGAUCAAAAUGCCACUCCUGGCCAGCUGCAGGCGGUGAUCCAGGCACUGGUGCGUCCCCGACUCGACUGCCAGCUCAUCCGGCGGCUCUACGAUCCCGUGUGGGCGCAGGUCUGCGAACAGAUGGUCGUCUACGAGCAGGAGCGACGCAUCUGCCUGCCGGAUGUCUUCCAUUUGGACGCCAGAAUCACAGCGACUCUAUACAAGGAGUACUUUGAUUACAGCUAUUAAAACCCUUAAAACAUUGUCAUAAUUGUACUUUUAGAUCUAGGAACUAGGCUAAGCAAUUGAUUACGAUGUGUGUACUACUGUCA